UGAUCUACCAGUAAGUUUGAAAACUUGCAAAAACAACUUACAAGGAAAAAUGAAGCUUCCAAUUUUCAUAGCAGAUGCUUUCACAGUGAAAGCAUUUCGUGGGAACCCUGCUGCUGUUUGCCUCCUAGAAAAUCAACUGGAUGAAGACAUGCAUCAAAAAAUCGCAAGGGAAAUGAACCUCUCUGAAACUGCUUUUAUCCGAAAACUACACCCAACUGACAACUUUACACAAAGUUCCUGCUUUGGAUUAAGGUGGUUUACACCGGCAAGUGAGGUGCCCCUCUGUGGCCAUGCUACCCUGGCUUCUGCAGCUGUGCUGUUUUACAAAAUAAAAAAUGUGAAUAGCACUCUAUCCUUUAUUACUCUGAGUGGGGAACUAAAGGCCAGAAGAACAGAAGAUAGCAUUGUCCUGGACUUUCCUCUUUAUCCAGCCAACCCCAUGGACUCCUGUGAAGUGGACAACUUGAUAAAGACGGCAAUAGGUGACACACUGGUCCAGGACAUUCGAUAUUCUCCAGAUACCCGGAAGCUGCUUGUCAGACUGAGUGAUACCUAUGACAGGUCAUUUCUAGAGAACCUAAAAGUGAAUGCACAGAACCUGCUGCAAGUUGAAAACACCGGGAAGGUGAAAGGACUGAUUGUCACCCUUAAAGGGAAGUCUGAUGGGCAGAUCCCAGCAUUUGACUUUUACUCCAGAUAUUUUGCACCCUGGGUUGGCGUUGCUGAAGACCCUGUGACAGGAUCUGCACAUACUGUUCUUAGCAGCUACUGGUCUCAGCAACUAGGGAAGAAAAAUAUGCACGCCUUUCAGUGUUCCAGCCGAGGAGGAGAACUGGAGAUCUGUCUGCGCUCUGAUGGGAGAGUUGACAUUAAGGGAGGUGCUGCUGUUGUCUUAGAGGGCACCCUAGCAGCCUAGAGGUGAUCAAGUAAGCUGCUGUCUUGAGCGACUAAAUAGUUUCUGCAUAAAGAGAGAUUCAAGAAGCUGCCCUUGGCAGAUGUGAAUUGUAACCCACUUAAUUCUCAUGUUAAAGACAGAAAAAUAAAGACAUUACUGGAAAUUUAA